CGUGAUGGUAGGCCUACAAGCGCAUCUGUCGUUCUUUUCUAAGUCGCGCUGCGCUUGCGCUGUGUGAAUCCAGAAGGCAAAGACCAGAGAGUGAAUCGCAUUAUCGUUUUUUUGAUGGCAAGGGCCACUGAACGUUCAUAAUAAUAAAGCAAGUGAAGAGGUUUUGUAUCAAUGUCGUUUUGGUUCGAGGAAAUGGAGAAGGUAGGUACCGCGUCAUGGCUUUCGAAGCUGUGAAUCAAUGCGAAAAAAAAAUUAACAUUAGUGGCUACGAGCAAAGGUAGCUGGCAAUCAUUGGCACGCUAUUGUGAACACAAAUCAGUAAUGACCGCUGUUCACUUGUGGCAAUAAUACACAGCUGUAACGUUAGCAUAUUUUAGAAAGACAUUGCCACUCAGACAGCGUGCCGGCUAUUAAAAAUCUGGAUACGGUCUAUAUGGUUUUCAUAGCCUAUGCAUUAAAAUUAGAAGGUUAUGUAUUUGUUAUCGGGAUACCCUGCUAAGUACUCGAACGAUACACAUGCGCAUUAUAGUUGACAUUAAUAUAGAGCCUAUGAUAUUCAAAUAAAGGGCUCUCCUUAGGUUUUCAUGCGAUUAAAGGUUAAAUGGAUUGUCUUGUAAUAUUAAGCAAUUGACAGCAAAUAAGAAAAUUAUAACAUAAGGAUAUUGUCAUCUUCCCAAAGCCAUUUAAUGUCAUUAUUUCAGCUCGUCUCUACAGAUCUAAUGUGCGCUUUUAUUAUUAUGUAUUGCUUCGUUCCAAAUGAAGUGUAGGCUACACAUGUAUUGGAAUAAGACAACUGUGUGAAGAGCACAACAUGUUUUUAUGACGGGACGCCACACGGAAGACGCCGAGCCUCUGUCUUUUUUUUGUUUGUUUUUUUUGUGGGGGGAAUCGUUGGAGUGGUUCGAUUCCCUGAAUAACAGCUUGGAUGUAAAGGGGACAUUACAGUAAGACAUUCCGAAGAUGCCCAAGAGGUGGACCACAGCAACGCCAUGCAGCUAUCUCCCGGUCGUCUUGUUGGUGCUCGUUCUGCCCAGAUGUAUACUGUCGAUCCGUGCCGACAAAACCAUCAGCAAGGAAGACCAUGUUAGUGCUACGGUCAAUGCCACCGUACUUGACUCAAAAGGCAAUCCUAAACAAAUUCUAACCAAGGACGAUUGCAUGUACGGACAGAAUUCACCGAAAGUGGACGCGAAAGGAAUCGUGAUUGCACCUGCACCGAAUCAUGGAGUGGUGGACCGCCAGGGCUGCGACCCCCACACUCGCUUCGUGGUGCCUCCCCGGACGGGGCACUGGGUGGCCCUGCUGCAGCGCGGCAACUGCACCUUCAAGGAGAAGAUCCUCAAGGCCUCGGCCUUCAACGCCUCCGCCGUGCUCAUCUACAACAACAACUCCAAGGAGGACACCGUCAAGAUGGGCCACGAAGGUACUGGCGACACGGUGGCAGUGAUGAUCACCGAGUCUUACGGCAAGGAGAUCCUGGGUCUGCUGGAGAGGAACCUGACGGUGCUGGUGAGUGUGGUGGUGGGCCAACACGGCCAGGCCAAGAACAUCAACCGUGGCUCCCUGGUCUUCGUCUCCAUCUCCUUCAUCGUACUCAUGAUCAUCUCCUCUGCCUGGCUCAUCUUCUACUUCAUCCAGAAGAUCCGCUUUACGAACGCACGUGACCGCAGCCAGCGUCGACUUGGAGAUGCUGCUAAGAAAGCCAUAGGGAAGCUGACAACCAGGACCGUGAAGAAAGGGGACAAGGAAACAGACCCGGACUUCAACCACUGCGCCGUGUGCAUCGAGGGAUACCAGCUCAACGACGUGGUCCGCAUCCUGCCCUGCAAACAUGUCUUCCAUAAGCUGUGUGUGGACCCCUGGCUGAAUGAGCACUGUACGUGUCCCAUGUGUAAACUGAACAUCCUCAAAGCUCUGGGCAUCAUGCCCAACCUGCCGUGCGUGGACAACGUCGGCUUCGACAUGGACCACAGGAUAGGACGCAGCCAGACGAUGGCCAGCCAGCGGACAGCCCUGGUGGACCUGUCCAGUGAGACAUCCAUCAGCCUGGAGCCCCUACAGCAAGGCCACCCCGGCACUGGACCCCAGAUACCCUCAGAGAGCGGAGAGCUCACCCCCCGCACCGGAGAGAUCAACAUCGCCGUCACCAAGGAGUGGUUUAUAAUCGCCAGCUUCGGCCUUCUCAGCACUCUCACUCUGUGCUUUAUGAUCAUCAAGGCCACAGCCAGCUUCUCCAGCCCUGAGUGGCCACUUCUUCAACCGGAACUCCCUGUCCCCACUCAGUUUGGUCUGUGAGAUGGAGCUACCUGACACCCAGGCAUCGCUCGACCGCUACGAUGACAAGUCGUGAGGGUCGUCGCCAUGGUUUCGACCCCCCCCCCCACACACACACACACCAAGGGACAGAUGGCCUUGUAACUUCCUGCACACCUGCGAGUCAUUGUGUGUGUGUGGGGGGGGGGGGGGGUAGGAGCGGCACAACAACCUAGAUGACAACCUUGACUAACCUGUGGAGCAAUGACAUGAUGACAUCAGAUAUUUUCUACCAGUGCAGAAUGUACUAUUAUUGCCUGUCAAAAAGAAGAGGGGGGAUUAUUGUCCUCUAUUCUCCCCUGGUUAGAUAUUCAGUAAAGUCCUUCCUUGACACUUUCAUUUCAACAACUGACUCUGACAUCUGUUUCUAGAUGCGGUAGUGGGGAAUUAGCCCUUUCUAGUCUUACUUUGCAGGAUCUCGGCGUAUCGUCCAUUUCAAGUGUGCUAGAAAUAAUAAACCACUUGUUCGUGCAGCCUACAAUAAAUCUGUAUAUAUGAUUAGCAAACCGUCAUUUAAUUUAGCUUCCUUUGGCUCUAAUGCAGUAAGAAAGGUCUCUUUCUUCCCUGGUGGACCAGUUGGCUCUGUUGUAUUUACUAUGCUGCCUAAACGACAGUGGAGAGGAUAUUUUGACUGGUGGGACAUGUCCAGACAUGCCUAGUCUCUCCCUCUAUAUGGCCAUGCCUCAAGUGACUGGUGUAAUGCACCCACCAUUGUGACUGGGUUCAAGAAUAAGACCAGUGGAACAAUGGACAUGCAGUGAUGCAACAUUCUGAACUCUUUGAAAAGCAGUAUUACUUCCCUAUAGCAAAACCAAUGUCUCUGUAUAAAAAUUUGAAGAAAAAAAAAACAUUUUAACGUGUACUUAAAGCCUAUGAAAUACCCAGAUCGUGUAUUAAUCAACCCUUGUGUGUGUGUGCACAGUACCAGUCAAAAGUUUGGCCACACCUAAGGUUUUUCUUUAUUUUUUACAUUUUAGAAUGAUAGUGAAGACGUCAAAACUAUGAAAUAACACAUGGAAUCAUGUAGUAACCAAAAGAAGUGUUAAACAAAUCAACUAUAUUAUAUUUGAGUCUUCAAAGUAGCCACCCUUUGCCUUGAUGACAGCUUUGCACACCAUUGUUAUUCUCUCAACCAGCUUCACCUGGAAUGCUUUUCCAACAGUCUUGAAGGAGUUCUCACAUAUGCUGAGCACUUGUUGGCUGCUUUUCCUUCACUCUGCGGUCCAACUCAUCCCGAACCAUCUCAGAAGGGUUGAGGUCGGGUGAUUGUGAGGCCAGGUCAUCUGAUACAGCACUCCAUCACUCUCCUUCUUGGUCAAAUAGCCCUUACACAGCCUGGAGGUGUGUUUUGGGUCAUUGUCCUGUUGAAAAACUAAUUAUACUCCCUCUAAGUGCAAACUAGAUGGAAUGGCUUAUUGCUGUGGUAGCCAUGCUGGUUAGAUGUGCCUCGAAUUCUAAAUAAAUCACUGGCAGUGUCGCUAGCAAAGCACCCCCACACCAUCACACCUCCUCCUCCAUGCUUCACAGUGUGAACCACACAAACGGAGAUCAUCCGUUCACCUACUCUGUGUCUCACAAAGACACGGCGGUUGGAACCAAAAAAUCUCUCAUUUGGACUCAUGCUUGUGUUUCUUGGCCCAAGCAAGUCUCUCUUAUUCUUAUUGGUGUCCUUUAGUAGUGGUUUCUUUGCAGCAAUUUGACCAUGAAGGCCUGAUCCACACAGUUUCCAACAGUUGAUGUUGAGAUGUGUCUGUUACUUGAACUGAAGCAUUUAUUUGGGGUGCAAUCUGUGGUGCACUUAACUCUAAUGAACUUAUCCUCUGCAGCAGAGGUAAAUCUGGGUCUUCCUUUCCUGUGGCGGUCCUCAUGAGAGCCAGUUUCAUCAUAGCACUUGGUUUUUGCAACUGCACUUGAAGAAACUUUCAAAGUUCUUGAAAUGUUCUGUAUUAACUGAGCUUCAUGUCUUAAAGUAACGAUCAACUGUCGUUUCUCUUUGCUUAUUUGAGCUGUUCUUGCCAUAUAAUGGACUCAGCCCUAUUUGAUAAAAUACCAUCUUCUGUAUACCACCCCUACCAUGUGGCAACACAGCUGAUUAGCUCAAAAGCAUUAGGAAGGAAAGAAAUUCCGCUAAUUAACUUUUAACAAGACACACCUGUUAAUUGAAAUGCAUUACAGGUGACCUCAUGACGCUGUUUGAGAAAUGCCAAUAAUGUGCAAAGGGUGGCUACAUUGAAGAAUCUGAAAUAUAACAGAUUUUGAUUUGUUUAACACCUUUUUUUGGUUACAUAUGUUAUUUCAUAGUUUUGAUGUCUUCACUAUUAUUCUACAAUGUAGAAAAUAGUAAAAAAAUAAAAACCCUUGAAUAAGUAAGUGUUCAAACUUUUGCCUGGUACUGUGUAUGUAUAUAUGUAUGUAUGUGUAUAUACACACACAGUAUAUACAAUCUAUAUACAUUAUAUCUCUAAACCGGCCUCUUGAAGUACUGUUUGUUUUUCUUUCACAAUCUUGUACAAGCGAAUUGGGUGGAAGGGUUUGUCCUCUGUUCUUGUUGUCCCCUUGUGUUAUCUUUAUCUGAUAUUUGCGAUGAUGUAACGCGGGGAGGGGAGUGUGUCAGUUUCAGGUCACUGUGUUACAUACAGCACUGCCUCAGCAUUAAAAGUGUAAUUAUUGCCUAUGUCAUGUUGAUGCCCAUUCCAAUGUGUGCCGCUUCUUCAUGAAACACAGCCCAAUGUUAUUAACAUUUCAGCUGGAGUUUGGAGAAGAUUCUAUUUAUCUAUUCAGAUUAAAUAAAUUAUUAACUUCA